AUGAGGCAGAUGAUGGUGGUCAUGUCCACCAUGGAGCAAUGGUCCUCUCUGAAGUCUCUGCAGCAGCAAAGCUCAGGGGAUAAGCAUCUCAAAUUUACCUUUAGUUCUCUGGGACCAAAUCAAAUCUGUGACUUGACAGUGGAUGGUCGCUCGGUCAGCCUGCUUUACGCAGAUUUAAAUCAAGACAUGACAGAGGAGGGCAUCAGCCAGGCUUUAGAUGGCUGCUUUAAGUCUUGCACAGAUGGAGUCAGCACAUUUCUGCUGCUGAUCCAAGGCGGACAUUACACAAAGAGGGAGAGGAGAAUGUUGGAGACCCUGCAGGCCCACUUUGGAGCCGAGGCUUUAAAGUACCUGGUGGUUAUCUCUCUGGAAGGCGGAAAGGUUGCUGACACACUGGACGACGCCCUCCUGGAGCUGCUGAACAUGUGCAAUGGAAGAUACUGCAGAAUCACAUCAUCUGCAGCUAGAGACGAGCUGGGAGCGCUACUCAAGGUGCUGGACCGCAUGCUGGCUGAGAACGGCAUGACCGGCUACACGGAGGCCAUGCUGAUCGAAGCUAGGAAGAGGAGCACGGAAGACUCGGCCAUGCAGAUCCUGAAACGGAAAGUGCAAGAGGUCAAGGAGCAGGAGAGGGCGUUCAAGCAACAGAUGCAACAGCAAGAGGAGAGAAGAGCCAAAGAGAUGGAGGAGCUGAAGGCCAGACAUGCUGAGGAGAGGAAGAAGGAGGCGGCUGAAAAAAAGCAAUGCGAGACAAAGAAGGAGAGCCUGGAGGAGGCUGUGAUGAGCCACGGGGCCAUGCUGCAGCUCCAGAUGAGUGCCAGUGAUGAUGAUGACACAGAGGCGGUAUCAGUCAUCCUGCUGGGUUUGUCUGGCAGCGGGAAGUCCUCUGCUCUGAAUCUAAUUCUAGAGAGGGCGGGUAAUCAAUACUCAAUCAAUGAGUCCAGUCAGGAACCCCCUCAGCCCACCUUGUUUUGUGAGAGAAAGGAGGCGUUCGCGGCGGGGAGGCGACUCAUCCUGGUGGACACCCCCGAGCUGUGGGACGAGGACGGGCUGGAACACCUGGACCUGCUCAAGGACUGCUUGGCUCUGUCCUUACCUGGACCCCACGUCUUCCUGCUGGUGCUCCAGUUGGGGCGCUUCACCCAGGGCGAGUGCGAGAUGCUGGGGCACCUGCAGAGGAUCUUCGGACGGGACUUUGCAGAGCACGCCGUAGUCCUCUUCGUUCGCUUUGACUGCGACCAGCGGAGGCCUCAGGGGAUCAACGACUACGUGGCCGGCGCCCACGCAACCCUCCAGGAUCUCAUCCGGAAGUGUGGGAGCCGGUUUUAUGAGCUGAACGUUACAAAGUCCCAGAAUGCUCUGAGCUACCCUCAGGUGAAAGACCUGUUCUUAGGGAUCAACAAGCUGGUGGCGUCACACGGAGGACGCUCCUACGUAACGAGGAGGUUUUCUGUGCAGGAGCUGCAGGGGAGGAAGAAGGGGAUUGGGGAGAGGAAGGAGGGGGCUUUGGAAGGGAACUACUUAUUAAGAGAUGCUUGA